AUGACUUCGCGCCUGGCUGCUGCGGAACAGACCUCGGGUGGCGAUCUCCAAGCUGCAACAGCCAAGGCAUCCAAGUACAAGAAACUCUUCCACAGAGUUGACAAGAAGCUUUACACGACCAGACUGGCAUUGGAAACAUGUCGAAGACCCAUUAAGACUGCCCCCGUGAACAAGAUCUCGUAA